UUUAAUUUGGAAGAAAGCUAAGCUAAAGAAGAAGGGUAUGACAGGGGAAGGAGCAACCAUUAUGAGCCGGGAUGAUAGCAGGGUGAGCGAUCUUCCAGACUGCAUUCUGCAUCACAUUCUCUCCUUCCUCGACACCAAAUCCUCCGUUCGAACCAGCAUUCUAUCCAAGAGGUGGACCAACCUGUGGAAAGGCGUCAAUGUUCUCCAUCUCCAGGCAAGCUCUUUCCCUUGUAAGUCGAGUCUGCAAAACCUCUUGUCCUCUCUUCGCUCCCACCAUACCAUUGUUGGAAACAUUAGCUUCCAUUCUGGUGAGCGUCGGCGUGUGAAUGGGUGGACAUUAGACGAUAAACUGUUUGAUAUGGUCAUGGGGUUUGCUGAUCACCGUCUUGAGGUUUUGUCCCUCAACUCUGCUGGCGUUAGCUGCUCGGUAGCCAAUUCCAUCGUCCGCCACCAUCAUUGUCAGUCUCUCACCACUCUCAAGUUGGAGGUGCCUACAAUCACCCCGCCCAAUUCACUGAUUGAUCUCGGAUUCAGUAUGUUGACGACCCUGGAACUGCGUCGCUGCACGUUCAUUUUGUCGACGAGCAAAGAGGUGAUUUGUGAUCCUUUUGCCAAUCUCCCUAGUUUGAACAACUUGAAGCUGCUCGGUUGCUCCUCACGGGUUCCCUUCAGAGUGUCCGGGGACCGGUUGCUGAAGCUCGAAAUUAGAAGCGAUGAUCCUGCCUCAUUGGAUCAUUUCAAACUCGGAAUUGGGCAAGUGUCCGCUCCAAAGCUUGAGUCUUUUUACAUUUCGGGUCACGCAUAUGAUAUUCGCAACCUCGAUGUGGUGCACAUUCCUUCUCUUGCUCAAGCUAGUGUCCACCUUGAAUGGCCAAACCUGCCGUUUGGCUUUUUUGCGCGCAACAAGGAGAACAUGAAGAAAAUAGAGAUGGCGAAUUGCGCAUUCACAAAGUUGUUGUGUGGCCUGCAUAAUGCAAAAUCUCUCAACCUAUGCUUUGAUACUCUUGGGCAGCAGAGCCAACAGAACUUUCUUCUGGCCAGAAUGAAGCCAUUGAUCGAGCAUGAACUCUCUCGUUUUACCAGACUGAAGACUUUUAAGAUUCGAUACCCAUGGGAGUCACCACCAAGCAUGUGUGAUUGUUUGAAGGCUCUCUCCAUAAGUUGAAGAAAACUCUACUCUUGGUUUUGAGAGGAUUCUGAUAACAAAAAACAAUUAUAGUGUUUGUGGCAUUUGUCUAUUAUCUUCCUUUUGGUUUUAGUUCUUUAUGAGACUCUGAUGUAUGUUUGCUCCCAAGUAGAACUGGCAUAUGGGUUUAAGUUAAUUUCGUAGCAUUGGCAGUUUGCUCCCUCCAGUGUCUCUUCAUUUGAUCUGCACUCAACCUCUG